GGGCGGCCGCCAUCUUCCCUCCGCCUGCCAGCGGGUCGUCGGCCCCGCGCGGGCCUACGCCUCGGUCCGGCUGUUGGCUUAAAUUAGCCGAUGGCGCUCGCGUGUUACCGUGCCCUCCACUUUAGUGUUAGUAGCACCGGGUGCAAGGUGAGUUUGAGGUAUUGCAAAGCUUAUGUUGUAACCGAACCAUGGUGUAUUUCACUGUGUUUAUCCAAAGACAUCUCGGGUCACAGCACUAUGAGAUGGCAGAGCUCUCAGUGGGAAGGGCUGCCACAGAGACUUGCCGGCUGGGACCCUGGGCCGCUACUGCUGCCUCCCAGGUUUCAGGGGGACCUGCUGGCCGGGCAUGCAGCUGGCCUUGGGCAGGUUUUUCCGGACUUAAGUAACUGAAAAAGACACCAUCCCACCAAUGCAGUCACAGAGGCCUGUGAGAGUUCCUGCGCUGACUGAGCUGCUGCCCUCUGCAGAGCACGCUGCAGGAAGCUGGACUCCAGGGACACAGCUGCACGUGACUCACCCACGUCCGCCUCCACCGGGAAGGAGCCCACAGCCCUGCUCAGCAGAUGAAGACAAACCCUUCUUGGUUGCUGCAGCUGCACCAGCUCUCAGCCACCAGGUUUGUUUUAAUGUGGAAGUGGAUCUCACAGCUUAAUGCAAAUCAAACAAACAGAGGAAAAAAGGAUGUCAAGCAUGGUCUUCCUUGAUUUCGAUGAAGGACCAUUGCAGGGAGCCAUGGAUGUUAGUUGUGAGUUAUAACAUCUUAAUUCAAAGAGUCUAGUAUAAAUGUACUUAAUGGACAGACCAGCAAUAUGGAUGAUUUAGAGAUAAAUACUGACAUCACUGGUGCUAAAGAAGAAGAAAUCCUAUGUGAUGAUAAUUUCAUAUCUGAGGAAGAAGGUGGCAUUCCUAAACCACAAGAGAGCGACACGUCAUUUCAGAAGAACAAUACAUUGACUUUGCCUGAGGAGCUAUCGAGGGACAGAUCUGAAAAAGCCUUAAGUGGAGGCCAGACUUCUCUAUUUAUACACACUGGUGCUCCUACUGUUUCUAGUGAAAACUUUAUCUUGUCUAGAGGAACUGCUGUUAAUGGACCAGUUUCACACUCCACCUCAACUAAGACUUCCAUUAUGAAUAAAGGCAGUGUUUCAUUAACCACUGGACAGCCUGUAGGUCAUCACACAGAUUCCUGCUCAACUUUGACAGUGGUUCAUGAUCUUCAGCUGCCUGCAAAGAGUACAACACAGAAAUCAAAUCAGCACCAAGUUUUAUUUUUGUUACCUGAUGUAGCACAUGCUAAGAACCUGACUCAUUCCAUUAAAAAUCUACCUACCUCUGCUUCAAUUGGUUGUGAUUCACAGAAAUCAGUAGGAAAUAGUGUAGAUAGCACUUUAGUAGGCCAAGUAGAAGUUUGUGAGGAUGAUAAAAAUUUACUAGUAAAAGAUGAUUGUGUUGAUACAUUAACAGGCAUUUCCUCAGGUACAGUUGGUUUCAGAUCGGGAUGUGAUCCCAGCUGGGAUCCACAAAAAGAGUUUAUACAGUUUCUUAUGACAAAUGAAGAAACAAUAGAGAAGUCUCCUAUCCACUGUAAAGUAGGCUUAGAAAAAAAGCGGAAAAGGAAAAUGGAUGUUAGUAAAAUAACACGCUAUACUGAAGACUGUUUUGGUGAUACCAGUUGUAUUCCUAGUAAAUCAAAACUAUUAAAUGUUGAUGACUUAGAGCAGAAUGAGGACCUACAAAUAGUAGAACCGCAAAAAUAUUCAUUGAGUAAAGUAAAGCCUGAAUCCACAGAUGAAGAGCUGGAAGCUGUUGAUGCUAUCCAGCAGCUCAUUUAUAGUCCCACUAGUAACUGUGCAGACGAUACUUCUCCUGUUCACACUAGCACUUUUCUUUCCAGUACUUUAAAAAAUAAAUGUGAACAGAAUGAUUCUGAAUCGCCAUCUACUUUCAGUACUGAUGAACCAUCAUUUUAUCCCUGUACAAAGUGCAAUGUGAAUUUUCGGGAGAAGAAACAUCUGCAUAGGCAUAUGAUGUACCAUUUAGAUGGGAACAGUCAUUUCCGACAUCUCAAUGUUCCCAGGCCAUAUGCAUGUAGGGAAUGUGGAAGGACAUUUCGAGAUCGUAAUUCGCUUCUUAAACAUAUGAUAAUUCACCAAGAAAGAAGGCAGAAGCUGAUGGAAGAAAUCCGUGAGCUGAAAGAGCUUCAGGAUGAGGGUAGGAGUGCACGGUUACAGUGCCCACAGUGUGUAUUCGGUACCAAUUGUCCCAAAACGUUUGUGCAGCAUGCGAAGACCCAUGAAAAAGAUAAAAGAUAUUAUUGCUGUGAGGAAUGCAAUUUCAUGGCUGUGACAGAAAAUGAACUGGAAUGCCAUCGAGGGAUUGCUCAUGGAGCGGUAGUCAAAUGUUCAAUUAUUGGUAGCGACAUGUCCCAGAGGAAAACACAGAAAAAGACAUCCUUGAAAGAUCCGUAUUUAGGAUCCUCAAAAAAAUCAUCGACGUAUAUGUGUAAGAUGUGUCCAUUUACUACUUCAGCUAGAAGCAUUUUAAAAAAACACAUGGAAUAUUUGCAUCCAGCAUCAUGCAUUGAUCCCUUUGGUAGCCAUCUUAGACUAGAAAAAAGAAAAGGCAGCAUAAUAGAAGAAUCUUUAGAUUUUGGUAGCAGGACAAAACAGUUGAUGAAACAAGCUUCUACUUUUCCAAAGAACUCUGUUUUAAAACAGGACGUAAAAAGAUCAUUUGGCUCUACUUCACAGUCCAGUAACUUCACAAAACUUCACAAGAGACCCUACAGGAUACAGAAGGCUCGGAAAAGCGUUUCACAGUCAUCUGUAAGUGUGUGCAAUCUAAAUUCUACAAACAAGACCUUUUUGAUUAGAAAUAGCAUUGAACAGAAACCUAAAUGUUUUCAUCAAGCAGCAAAGCAGAAAGCUAGUGUCAAAACAAGCAGUAAUUAUUUAUAUAGACACAAAUAUGAAAACUACAGGAUGAUUAAAAAAUCUAGUGACUCUUAUCCUUUGCAUUUAAAAAAGGAAGAGUCCAACUCUGUCAGUUCUUUGCAUUUAUUUUCUUCUUCAAGUAGACCCCAUAAUAAUAGUUUUGUCAUGGAUUCAAAUAAUCUUGAUUGCAAAAGGGCAGAAGGCUGUAAAGAUCGUAGGCAUGUAGCUGUAAAAAGAGUGGUUAAAGAAUCCAAGAGGGAAGGCUCUGUUACAGGAGAUGAUUUGGAUUGCUAUCCAGAUUUUCUGCAUAAAAUGACUGUUGUUGUUUUACAGAAACUUAACUCUGCUGAAAAAAAAGACAGCUAUGAAACGGAGGAUGAAAGUUCAUGGGAUAAUGUUGAACUAUGUGAUUACACUACACAGUCUGUGGAGGAUGAAACUUACAGUGAUAUUAAUCAGGAGCAUGUAAACCUAUUCCCCAUAUUCAAAGGUAAAAUGGAAGAUCAUGAAGCUGGUGAUAAAUCUUCACUUAGUUAUGAGCAGAAUGAUGGCUUUUAUUUUGAGUAUUAUGAAGAUGCUGAGGGUAGUAACUUCCUGCAUGAUCUGCAUGAUCCUCAGAAUUUAGAAAAUGUAGGAUCAGCAUUGCCAAAGCAUAAUUCAGUUUUCCAUUGGACUGAUUUGUCACUUGAAAAGAAGUCCUGCCCAUACUGUCCAGCAACCUUUGAAACAGGUGUUGGAUUGUCCAACCAUGUCAGAGGACAUCUUCACAGAGCUGGCCUAAGCUAUGAAGCCCGUCAUGUUGUUUCACCAGAACAGAUAGCAACAAGUGACAAAAUGCAACAUUUUAAAAGAACUGGAACAGGAACCCCUGUUAAACGAGUUAGAAAAGCGAUUGAGAAAUCUGAAACUUCCUCUGAGCAUACGUGUCAGCUCUGUGGAGGCUGGUUUGAUACUAAAAUUGGAUUGUCUAAUCAUGUGCGAGGACACCUGAAGAGGCUUGGCAAAACCAAGUGGGACGCACACAAGUCUCCGAUCUGUGUUCUGAAUGAGAUGAUGCAAAAUGAAGAGAAGUAUGAAAAAAUCCUAAAGGCUUUGAACAGUCGCCGCAUUAUUCCCAGACCGUUUGUUGCUCAGAAAUUUGCAUCAAAUGAUGACUUUUUAUCUCAGAAUGUUAUACCUCUUGAAGCGUACCAUAAUGGCCUAAAGACUGAAGAUACAUCUGUGUCUGCAUCGGAGGAAGAAGGGCUGAGUUUCCUAAAUGAAUGUGAUGAAACAAAAGCAGUACUGCAUGAUGGGAAAAAAAAUCAGUCACUCACACUGAUAGAACUCCUGAAAAAUAAGAGGUUAGGAGAAGAAAGGAAUCCUGAUAUUUCUCCUCAAAAGAUUCAUAAUCAAACUGCAAGAAAGAGGUUUGUUCAGAAAUGUGUUCUUCCAUUAAAUGAAGACAGUCCAUUGAUGUAUCAGCCACAAAAAAUGGACUUGACUAUGCAGUCAGCUUUAGACUGUAAGCAAAAGAAGUCAAGGUCAAGAUCUGGAAGCAAGAAAAAAAUGCUGCCAUUACCUCAUAGUGCUGAUGAAGUUUACAUACUCAGAUGCAGGUUUUGUGGUCUGGUCUUUCGAGGACCUUUGUCUGUUCAAGAAGACUGGAUAAAGCACUUGCAGCGACACAUUGUCAACGCAAAUCUUCCACGGACUGGAGCUGGCAUGGUUGAAGUCACGUCACUACUUAAAAAACCUGCUUCAAUUACUGAAACUUCAUUUUCUUUACUGAUGGCGGAAGCAGCAUCAUAGAAUAAGGCAACAUUUUAAAUUUUAAUUGGAUGUAAAUUUGAAAUACUUUGUCAUUUUUUAAAAUAAAUUGCUACACUAAAUUAUGUUUAUAAAAGCUAAAGACAAAAAUAGAGGAAGUGGAUUACAGUAACAUCAAAAAGAUUGAAUACUUAACAGUUACAGUAAGUAGUCUUUAUAUUUUAUAUAGGGUGGAAGAUGUGUUUUUAAGGUUUAUUAUGUUUUUGUCAGUUACUGUGUUCACUAUCAAUACAAGACCAUUACAUGUAUGGCAGCCAUUUUUAAAUUGUUGCACAUGGGUACUUCAAAGACAGAUUUUAAUAAAACAAAGAAACCAUGUUCUUCUCUUCAGUGUUACCCAAAUCAAGGCUCUGUUUAUUCCAAAAAGAAUUACAUAGUAAAAUAAGAUAUUAUUAUAUUUUGUUUGUAUGUAUGUAGUGUUUUGUAUAAUACCAAGAACUGCUAAUACAAUUUACUCAACUUAGGGCAUUAAAUAUCAUGUACUUCAUAGUUCAAGAGACUGUUUCAUUCAAAUAGGGCAAUUAGUACUAUUCUAUCUAGGUGUGUAAGUGUUUUUUUUAAAUCACAUGAGGCUUUUUGUACUAAAAAGUGGAGGGAAACUUGUUUAAACAAAUUUCUAAGAGAAAUAUGUACAUAAUACUGGAAAUUUGUGGUAAGGAAAUAUUCUUUACUUCAGUUGCAUUUCUCACUGACAAUAAAGUGGUGCAUCCAUGCUACCUCCUACUUGUCAACAAAGAUGGUAUUUACCCUUACGUUUUUGUAUCAUAGUAGAUUCAAUCCAACUUUCUUUAUUACAAAGCAUCUUUUUGUUAACAAGUUUGUUUCUUUAUGAUGAUUUACUUAAAGUCCGACUUGCUUACAGAAGUUUGCCUCUCUACUAUUUUAUUUAACACUGUAGAAAUGUACUAAUAAGCAUUGCUCACUACACGGUUAGAGUAGACUUUUCAUUUAUAAUUCUGUUUAAAAGAUUGAUCGUUUUAGAAAAUUCGAACACAGAUUGAAAUGUUUCUACAUAUGAAGAGAAUGUUUACAACUUAAAUUUUAGAGCUUGUUUUGGAUGUGAUUAUAUGUAUGAAAACUGUAACACUAUGCUCAUGCUAAGGACCUACUUACAGAAUUACCGAAAUAAAUGUGCUGUGAGGAUGGAAAUAUGGUGCAGGUGUCUUGGUCAUGAUGAAUUGUGUUUGUUCAUUUAAACUGUCUUCAGAACAUGAUUUUUGUUUAAAUCAAACCAGGUUCCUCUACAAAUCAAUUUUGUAUGCAAGUAACAUUUCAUUUUGCUCAUAUAGGGUAACAGAUACUGUAGUUAAGCCAAGGAUAUGCAUUGAUAUUUUCUUUAUAUGUAAAUAAAGUUAAAAGCAGUUAAAACAAGAGGAGUAUUUUGGUAGAGUAUAUACAUACCUCACUGCCAGUGAAAUUGCUUUCCUAUGGUAUAUCUCCUUACCAGAAAAAUCUCUAAAUAAAAAGGUUUAAAGAAAAUCUAAAUGUCUAUAAUGUGAAGCAUUUAUUUGCAUUGUGUGAAUUAAGUUUGUGGAAUUGAUUUGUCUUGCUUGAGAUUAGAAUCUUCUCAUGAUCUUAAGUAAAAGUACAUUUACUUGCAAUAAACUGACUUGUUCAGAGAUGCGAUGCAUUACAUUUGAUUGGUGGAAAAUAUGAAUAAAUGUCUGUCUUCCUGUAUGUGCGCAGUUCAGAGGUAACACGUGAGGCUUGUUAAUGUUCUGGUAAAAUACAUGGGCAAAAAGUACACAGCUGUGCAGGACGGAGUCCUGAGACAAGGCCAUCCUAGCUCGAUCAAGGCUAUCCUUAAAUUAGUGCUAUCAGCUGUUUUACUGUACAAGUUGCUACAGAUAACUUUAGCUUUUUUGGUCAAAAUUUAUUCCCUUUUUUUUUUUUUUUAAACUGGAAAAUCUACAUCAGUACAUUUAAAGGCUGGAAGAAAAAAAUACUUUAGAGAUUUUUAGGAAAGAUAACUGGGAUGCUGAAGUGUAUCGCAGACAAAUUAUGUAUAUGCAGACUAACAAAUUUCUGAAUUUGUGGAUGAUUGUGGGAUUUUUUUGUCGGCUGUGAAAAUGGAAGAUUUACAGCAAUGUGUUGAAACGGAAUAGAGGGAAGUGAUCAAAUCACCUUGAAUGUUUAUAAUGCUUUAAUAGAGUGCUUGUUUACCCUUCUCACCAAAAAAGGUGCUUGUGAGAGCACCAUAUUUUGUGGCUGUUUAACAGAUGAAAAAAUCGAUUAAGUGCAAAUGAUAUUAAUCUAGUAUUGUUAAGAAUGCUUGUAAGGUGAAGCCAUACUGUGCAGAAUUUAGCAGUAGCAAAAAACUCUAUUAGGUUCAUAAUAAAAAAAAAAACCCCUACUUAAUUCUAUUUAAUUCAUUGAACCCCAAUAGUGAGCUGCUUUGUGUAACACUAAAAUGCAAGGUUGUGUCUGAAGAGCAGGGAGCUCUAGGCCUGAUGAGUUUCCAAAAUGAGAUUCUUUUGAUGCGGAGCAGGUGUUUGAGUUGCAGGCUUUCUGAGUGGGUGCGCUGGAGCCGUGUCCCCUGCUUACAUCAGAUCUGUGACUACACAGUUUGAAAUAUAUACAGAAGUUCUAGAAUUCUUCUGAUUAUUAAAUUAAUUGCAUAUAUGGUUGAUACGGACUGAAUAAUUUUAUUUUUUUUAAAUAAUUACAGAGUACCCGUAAGAUUUUUUUAGCCUCUGGUCCUCAAGUGGGGCUGUUUGUUUUCUUGGCUUCUGUUUGGAAAUACAGAUCUUCGGUCACUACCUGCAAGGAGAUAUACAUCUCCCUUUCCAGAGUUAUAGAGAUUCUAAAUAAUCUGGUAGAAGAGAGUUAAUUAAAUCAGUCGCUUUAUUAUGUGAAUCUUGUGUUUUGAGAUGUGUGGCUUGAGAGGCUCUGUGGCAGUCUGUGCUGAAGAGCUGGACUUCCAGAAUUGCACAUGUAAACACGAGUGUUAGUCUGUUCGCUUUGGCUAGAUUGUUUCAGGCUAGAGGCUGCAGUGGCAUAGUGAUAUUGGUUUGGUUCAUUUUAGUUCCUUAUCACAAUCUUGUGUGUUUCUGGAGUUACCCUAGUUUCUGGUGAAGGUCUCUUAAGUAGCAGCCUCUAGAAAAUUACAAAGGACUUUUCAGAAUGCUGAGAGAAGCCCGGGAAAUUGUAGACUACCACCCCCACAUUUUGUAAGAUGAUUGCCUAUAUCACCUAGUCCCAGUGAUAUUUCCAAAUCAUCUUAAAAAAAUUAAAACUCUGUUUUGAAUUCCUUGAAGAGAGGUUUCUGCAGGACCUUUGAAAGGCGAUUGUAAAGGACGUGUGGUAGCCACUGCCAAAUGGUAGUGUGUUCUGGCUGAAUGUGUGGAAAAUGGGAGAUGGUGGCAAGUGGGUAACAAAUGUUGGCUCACCAAGAUCCCUGGGCACUUACUCCUUUUUGCCAUAUGCUGCUUACAUGGAUGGUGUGAGUUUUGUUAGGUGGACUGCACCCACCAGCAGAGGCGGUCCAGCUCUGCCCGCAAAUCCAACUUGUGCUUCCUCAGGGCUCACCUUACCCAGGUGUCAGGAAAGGAGCUGCUUCUCCGUGGCAGGGAAGCAGAGGGCAGCAAUAGCCAGCGCUAGCCGUUGGGGAGGGCGAGCCAGCGCCUGCCGCGCCAGAGGUGGGGAUGUAACAGCUGGGGGUCUGUCCUGGGCCAGACUUUUGUGUCUGAGCUAUGUGCCUGCUCAAAGUCCUACCUUGUCAGCCACGCUCAGGGAAAUCACCAAGGUCAUUGAGGUAAGUGGAUCACAGGAGGAUUGGGAGUCGUGAAUUGGGGCUCAGAGAAGUGCAUCCAUCCAGAGUUUCGAAAGGUCAGCGUCACGGAACUGAGACGCGGAGAUCUGGUUUUGCAAAGCUAUUUUAACACCAAUGCUUUUUCUGGGCCAGUUGUGCAUCUAGGUUAUCCUGCAUGUCAGUAGUGCUUUAAAGGGGUUAUUCGUUAAAUCUUCUACCUGAUUCUGAAAACAUACAGAAGAUAAAUGUUGGCUGAACAAAUCUGGAAAGAUUAACAGCAAAUAACAAGUAUUUGUUUUUAACUAAAUGGUAAGGGCUGUGAGCAAAGGCUGUUUAGUUGAGCACUAUGGUUAACAGACUUUUCCACUUUUUAUCACAGUAGUUAAUGGCCUGGAUGCUUUCAUAAAAAAAAAAAUUGUUUAUAUAGUUUUGACUUUGUUUUUUUAAAAAAAUCUUUUUAGGGUGGUACUUAUUUAAAAAAGCUGACUGCAUUAUGAUUUCAGAUAUUUCAAUCCACCGUGCUUUGUAGGUGCUGUUGCCUGGUACAUGGGUAGCAAUUUUGAUGUAAUGGAAACAUUUGGCCGUAGUGCCAAGUCUGUAAUCUCUUGCAAUAAAAUGUUCCUUUUUAACACUG